UCAAAGAAGUUGCUCGUGUUCCACUGUUCCUUUCUCGAUGCUCCACUUUUACAAGUUAGGAACAUCCAACUAAACUCAACUCCAUUCCCAAUCACUUCGAGUCCUAUCACCCCUACCUAGAUCUCUCUCUCUCUCUCUCUCUCUCUCUCUCUCUCUCUCCUUUUGAGAGAGAGAGGUGGGUCAACGAGGAGGAUUUGCCUUACUAGCCGAACAUGUGUUCAAAUGCAAUCGAGCUGUAGUUGGAAUAUUGCUUAUUGUACUACACUAGUUUGGUCGUGUAUGUACUUCUUUGCAGUACAUGCAAGGGUCUGCUCCUAGUAAGGCAGUGAUGGCCUUCAAUGGUUAUUAAAGAGAAAGGGAUGUUGCUGCAAAUGGGUGUCAUGUAAUCUUGCUCUAAGUUGAUUCCUGAGCUUAAUUCGAGAGACCCACUUGGGGAUUUGUUGGGGUUUCACGAUUUUCGAUGUGGUACUUUUAACACUUCUGUGGUUGAAUUUGAAGAUCCAAUUGGGAUUUGUGGAUGCGGUAUUGUUCUUUGGAAGGUUACUCUGAGUCAACGCUCAGAAAAUUCUUGUUUGAUAUAUCGAAGUAGAUUUUAAAGACACAGUUUUGAGGCUCUAUAAUCUUUCCAAGGUUCUGACCUUUUUUCUACUUGAGCAAAGAAGAAGAAGAACUCUGAGUUGUAUUGGACUAGGUGGAAGAUUUUGAUCUUCAAAUGGGAAACACGAACAGAGAAGAAUUAAACGAGAUUGAGAAAUCUGAGAGAGAGGACAUCGAAGAGAUUCGAGAAUUGCCAGAGGACGAGAAGAGAAUUGCACCAUGGAAGAGACAGAUAACAAUUCGGGGACUUAUAGCUAGCUUAGCUAUUGGGAUCAUUUAUAGUGUGAUAGUGAUGAAGCUGAAUCUCACAACCGGGCUAGUCCCCAACCUCAAUGUCUCGGCUGCUCUCCUCGCCUUUGUAUUCAUCAGAACAUGGACUACGCUGCUUGAGAAGGCCGGAAUUGUAUCAAUGCCAUUCACUCGGCAGGAGAAUACUAUAAUUCAGACCUGUGCAGUUGCAUGUUAUAGUAUUUCUGUUGGAGGUGGUUUUGGGUCUUAUCUGUUGGGUUUGAAUAGGAAGACAUAUGAGCAAGCAGGGGUUGAUACAGAGGGAAAUACUCCUGGGAGCACCAAGGAGCCUGGGAUUGGUUGGAUGACUGGUUUCCUUUUUGUAAGCAGCUUUGUUGGGCUGUUAGCAUUGGUUCCUCUUAGAAAGAUCAUGAUAAUAGACUACAAAUUAACUUAUCCAAGUGGAACGGCUACUGCUAUUCUUAUUAACGGAUUCCAUACCCCUAAAGGAGACAAGAUGGCCACGAAGCAGGUUCAUGGGUUCAUGAAAUUCUUUUCAAUGAGUUUCGUUUGGGCAUUCUUUCAGUGGUUUUAUUCGGGUGGAGAUCAAUGCGGAUUUGUUCAGUUUCCUACAUUUGGAUUGAAAGCUUGGAAAAAUUCAUUUUACUUUGAUUUUAGUAUGACUUAUAUUGGAGCUGGAAUGAUCUGUUCCCAUCUUGUGAACUUGUCUUUGCUUCUUGGUGCUCUGCUCUCUUGGGGAAUAAUGUGGCCGCUGAUAAGGGGACUCAAGGGGGAGUGGUUCCCUGCAACUUUAUCAGAAAGUAGUAUGAAGAGUCUUAAUGGUUACAAGGUUUUUGUUUCCAUCGCACUGAUCCUUGGAGAUGGGCUUUACAAUUUUCUCAAGAUACUAUAUUUCACCGGUACAAACAUCCAUGCCAGAGCGAAGAGGAACCUUAGAACAUCUGCGGAUAACCAGAAUCCGCCUCUUGAUGAUUUGCGACGAAAUGAGGUAUUCCUAAGAGAGGGCAUUCCCAUAUGGGUGGCAUGUACAGGGUACACACUCUUCUCCGUUGUCUCCAUCAUUGUAAUACCACUCAUGUUCCCUGAGUUGAAGUGGUAUUACGUAGUUUUUGCCUAUGUUCUUGCACCCUCUCUUUGCUUCUGCAAUGCUUAUGGCGCGGGUUUAACUGACAUGAAUAUGGCCUAUAACUAUGGGAAAGUGGCUCUUUUUGUGCUUGCUGCCUUGAGUGGACAACAUAAUGGUGUGGUUGCAGGACUUGUUGGUUGUGGUCUGAUUAAAUCCAUGGUUUCCAUCUCUUCUGAUUUGAUGCACGAUUUCAAGACGGGCCAUCUUACUUUCACUUCCCCUCGAUCAAUGCUUGUAAGCCAGGCUAUUGGGACAGCUAUAGGUUGCGUGGUUGCUCCUCUCACAUUCUUUCUUUUCUACAAAGCUUUUGAUGUCGGGAACCCAGAUGGCGAGUACAAAGCCCCUUAUGCCAUCAUUUACCGGAACAUGGCAAUUCUAGGCGUUGAAGGCUUCUCUGCGCUGCCCCAGCAUUGCUUGCAACUCUGUUACGGGUUUUUUGCCUUUGCCAUAGCAGCCAACUUGCUGAGAGAUCUUCUCCCUAAGAAUAUGGGGAAAUGGAUUCCGCUUCCAAUGGCUAUGGCUGUGCCUUUCCUUGUUGGGGCUUACUUUGCAAUUGAUAUGUGUAUGGGGAGUUUGAUUGUGUUUGCAUGGCACAAGCUAGGCAAGAACGCCAGUUUGAUGGUUCCUGCAGUUGCUUCUGGUUUGAUAUGUGGAGAUGGAUUAUGGAUUCUCCCUUCAUCAAUCCUCGCUUUGGCCAAGAUACGUCCCCCCAUCUGCAUGAGCUUCGUUCCAUCCAAGAAGAAUUUCUGAGAGAGAGAGGAUCGUAGGCAAUCUCAAGCUUAUUGCAGGCAUAAUUUGACCUAAGUCUUAGAUUAGUAUAGGAAAUGAUAAGAGAAGCUUCUUGUUUCAAUCUAUAUGUAACAAUGCAGCAUCUUCAAUCUGUAUGUAACAAUGCAAUAGGAUUAUAUGUACUGUGUACAUGAGCUCGAGUGCCGGGGAGCGUUGGUCAGUGAUAAUGUAAACAAACAAGUUGUAUUCCAUAUGAAACAACUCCCAAUUUAAGCUCCUAAAUUUUGUGUUUGA